AUUUUACUCAGUUUUCUUCCGUGUUUUCACAUCAGUGUUCGUCUCAUGGAUUUACAGAUAUUAAAAAUUCGAUUUAGUCCCUAGACUUUCCAAGAUUAUAAUUUCAGACGACCAGUCCUAUAUGAAACGUUCAUUCGUACUAAGUUUGUGCGCGGUGAUUGAAAUAAGAUCACUAUUUUGUUUUCUUUCUAUUGCAGGGCAAGCAAGAAUAAACGCUUUAGAAGAAGAAGAGCAAGCCCUGCACGCACUAAACUUACAGGAUGACUCAUAAGACCGUUUUGUAAACUAGCUCUCUUUCGGGACAUACCCCGCGAAAUUUUAAUUUUUAAAAUAAACGUCUAUUGGCCUCCCUUCCUCGUUCUCUCUGUGGUGUAAAGUGUUCAGUUAACAUUGUGUGUGUUGUGGCUUUAGGUCUUCCCGUCUUCCAGUGACUGCUGACUACACGUGUUACAAUCACUGCUACUUUUUAGAAUGAGAGGCUAUGUCGAUAAAAUAGCUAUGUAUUCGAAUCGUAUAUUCCCAUUUCUUUCCUUAGUGUUCGGACGUUAAGAACCAUCACGAUCGUGAUGGUUCUUAAUUAAAAUGGUAGGCUGGUCAGUCUUCUGUCACUCCAGAAUUUCAUAAUUUCCCCGAAAGUUUUGGAAGUUUCACCAAAAUAAUGUGAAUACUUUGGGAGAAGAUUUAGACUAGGGGAAUUUCGGGGCUUUCAGUCGCACUUUUUGUCUAUUGAAGCCUUAAAAUUUAUCACUUAAGUGGUAAUAAUUUCCCCCAUAUCCGGGAAAUUGGAGAAUGAGAAAUUAAGCUUGAGAGUUUAUUUUAAAUGCUAAUGGACUCCCACUAUCUGUGUAGAGAAAUCAGAUACUGUGAACAUUCGUAUGCAUUGUCACUUGUAUAAUUUCCAUUAAUUCCACAUACAAUCUUGUGUGUUUGAUAGUCCCUCUUCUCACUUUAACAUUUAGUAUUGUACCGUGUUAUAAUAUACCCGUUACAUAUUUGGCGAGUCUGCCAGAAUGCAAACGUCUCAGUGGCAAAAUGUGGGCUUAUUCUUCGCCAUAAUUAAUGUAGGAACAAUAGUUGAUGCCUUGUAACAAUUUUAUAUUAGUAAUUCAAACUCUUAUUAUUCACUCAUUUAAACUCGUAAUUUAACAGCCAUCACAUACAUUCAUUACUGGAUGACUCUCAUGAUAGUAAAGACAUUAGAAUUGCAACUAUUAUAUCUCGAGUUCAAAUUUUCGUUCCACUUUCAAUGGAGCAAAACUGUGUAGUGUCACCAGCCUUAAAACGUGGAUGAAAUAAGUUAUGGAACGUGAGUUCGGUUACCAAGUUAUAUUCGGAAACAAUAUUUUCGGAACCUUUAAGGCCAGUUGCUUCUGUGUUAGCAUCUUCAUUAUAAUUCUGUUUUCGCUUUCCUAACAGUCAUCUGUCUGUAUUUUAGGAGACAUCGGACACUGAAUUUAGUGAUGAACCUUUGCUGAAUAGUAAUGAUUCUGCAUCUGGCAGUUUACCAAAAGCUGUGGCUAGAUAUGAAACAAGCUUGUCCGAAGCAGCACUUAACUGCAAGAAAAACUACAAAUUUGAAUUGUUGGAUCUUUUGACAACAUCUACUAAGUCAAACCAAUGUAUGCUUGGGAUCGAUGAAGCUGGAAGAGGUCCAGUCCUUGGCCCUAUGGUUUAUGCAUGUGCCUUGUCACCAAUAAGUCGGUUGAAUGAACUAAAAACUAUUGGACUUGCUGAUUCAAAGACAUUAAAUGAAAAUCAACGUGACAAACUUCUUAAAGAGAUGUUGAAUAAAUGUGAUUGGAUAUCAGCUGUCGUCCAUGUGAUUAGUCCUGUAUACAUUACCGAGAAAAUGCUAGAUAAGUCGAAAACUAGUUUAAAUGCUAUAUCUCAUGAUUCGGCCAUACAACUUAUUCAAUCAGUUCUUAACAGUGGAGUAAAUUUGGUUGAGGUUUACGUUGAUACUGUUGGCAAAGCUGAACAUUAUCAAACUAAACUACAAAAUCUUUUUCCUCAAUUAAAAAUACGUGUUGAAAGCAAAGCUGAUGAUAUUUAUCCAAUCGUGAGUGCUGCUAGUAUCUUCGCAAAAGUUACUCGGGAUCGAGUUCUUCAAAUGUGGCCUAAAGAAGAACGUGGGAGUGUACCCGAAGGCACUGGUCUUGGUUCUGGCUAUCCAGGUGGUAAGUUUUCAUCUUUUAUGUUAUAUAUUAAAGAUCGGAUUUGUUAUAUUUAAAUUUUACUCCCUUUCAAGUAAGAAUACAUUUAGUCAAUUAUAAUUGUUUCAAUUGAUUGUUAUAUUUGUUGCAAUGGACGUAUGUUAUCGUCUUAUGAUCUUCAUUUCUUGUUCGUUCAUUAACUGACAAGAAAUAACUUAUCAAGAUUUAAUAUUUCGACUUAUUGAACUAUACCUUGAGGUCCAUUUUAUAUAAUCGCUUUCGGUUUAGCUGAACUAUGAUUGCUUGAUUUCUAAAUCUUUUCAGUUAAAAUUUAAACAUUGGUCGCGUCAGUAAACUGUAUGUUCGAUUAUCUGACUUUUUUGUUAAGUCACUUAAGCCGCCAUAACAUGGCUAGUGAACUGUUGGAUAACUCGGAUCUUGUUCGACAUGGUUUAGAAGUAACCUCAAUAUUGACAUGCAGUUGUGUUUUCUCUAAAUUUUAAGCUUAUUUAUUAUUUCGGGUCAACAAUUAAUCGGCAGUAGUUCAGUUUCCUUACUACCAUAAACUUUUAAAAGAAGAUUAUUGGUUUUAAAGUAAUGCAAUUAAGUAUCCCAUGUGAAGCUAGGUGAACUUAUUUUUGUCGGCAAUAUUCACAAGUUUUCUAAUUGUUUAUGGAUCACCUAUUAUUGCAACUUCAUUCAAUGGAUUCCGUGAAACCUAUUUAUCUUUGAUUGUAAUGUUGAAAUUUAUGAAAGUUCUUUAGUCAAAACCAUUACUUAAGUCGGUCUGGAUGUACAGUGUUCACACAAGAAAUAGGAAAUUGAUCGAUCAAUUAAUUAUAAUACCUCAACUAAUUAGGAGAUUAAGGUGUGAUACUCAGUCCGUUAGUCAAACGCAACAUGAAACCUGGUAUUUAUGUACAUCGCUUCAAGCUGCCACACCCCAUUAAAACAGCUAGGUGACAUUGUCAGGGAAAAUCCCAGAGUGGAUACCUCGCCUUCGCCAUAGGUGACGUAAUUUGGCAGAAACCAAACGAGCUUUCUGAAUCAGUGCAGAGAUUUCGUCAGACACCAACCCAUUAGGGCUGGUCAGACUUUCAAGAUAAGUGAAGUUGUCGACGCGUUCGACUAUUUCACUCUCUAUCCUUAGUUCAGGUAUUGAUGCAAGCCAGUCCUGAAGCAACAACUUGCAUUUAGAGGGGGAGAAACGCAUCCAAUCCAAUGAGCCUCCAACUUUAAAUCCAAAAGCAAUAACUUUGGCUAUCUAUCGGUUAAAUGCUCUCUUCCAUUCCUUUCGUGGUUAAAAACUCCAUCCUUUAUUUCCCGGUUCCAUUUUUCCUACAUUAAUAGUAACUGACAGUUACUGGAACCAAUAGCUUUAUGAACACCUUCCUUUAUGCAAAAUACGGUAAGUUCAUAUUUCAUCUACUAACCAAGAGUCUAAACUUUUUCCAAACUGUUUUAUGGGACGACUACUAAAAGUACUUCGCCAUGAUAUAUCAUUAUUGGGAAAUGGGGACGUACACAUACGGAACAAGAGGAACGAAAAAGGCCUUCUUUGGUACCACCUACAAUCUUAGUUCAAAGUAUUUGUAUUUUGAUUUAAUAGAUCCCGUCACCAAAAGUUAUUUACGUGCAUGUAUGGAUCCAGUUUUUGGUUUCCCGUCUCUUGUGCGAUCUAGUUGGUCAACUUCAUCUUCUCUAUUAGACCAACAUGGUGUAUCAGUUAGGUGGUAAGUUUCUCUCUAUACUAUCUAAGUGUAUGUGCCUUCAUCUUCCAAAUAAAAUAAUUUCAGAGGUUUUAAACACUCUAGAAAGCAGUAAAUAUCACAUUAUCUGUGGUAAAUUGCUGACUAGAAGUUGACUUCAUCGAAGUUAACCCCAGUUAAGACAUAUGUCCACUUGUAAUAUUUUGAGACAGUAAUAUUCAAUAUAUUUUGGCUUCAAAUUUAAAAUUAAUUCACUGGCUGGACCAUUAUUUAUGGACAAACCAAUCAAAUUAAGGUGGCUACUUGUGUAUCUGUGCACGAAAUACAUUCAUCCGUGUGGCUAAAUAACAUUUUGACAUUAUCGUUGGUGUCAGUUCGUAAUGACAACUUUAACUUCAAUACCGAACUCUAGCUUACAACUCUAACUCAAUCCUAAUUCCUCGCACCAAUUUUUAACGCUAUUUUGAUUUUUUCCUCAACUGAGAGUUUCUUCAUUCAUCAUAUCAUCAUCAUUAAUUGCUAUAUACAUAAAUUUGUUUGCUUAAGUUAUUUUGAAACAAAAAUCGUUGUACAUAAUGUCACUCUGCUAACUCCAAGACCUGAUAAAUAAUGUAAAAGUAUAAAAUGACUGAUUUCCAAAGUUUAUCUCUUUUUAAAGUGUUGACUAUAUAUACUUCCGUUAGAUAUAUGGAAUAUUAAAAAUGUGUAACACCCAGUUUCAAAUCCAAUCUUAAUUCUUCAUCUUUAAACACUAGUGUUGUAAUUGGUACAUAUUUAUCUUUCAUAGAAUAAAAUGUUAUUGUAAAUCAACUACAUUUUAUACGAUGAUAAUUUUGUAAACCAAAAAUAAAUGUAAUCAUCUCGUAGGUUAGUCUACUCUUUUGAUGAUUUAAUUCUCUGUCAAUCAUGAUCAAAAUGUUCGCCAGCCCAAGUUGCCAUAUGAUAUCGUUACGGUGGGAUAAAACUACCUAGGUGAAUAGAGUAAGAUUUGAAAUUAUCAUGGCAUAGUGAGAAAGACUAAAUAUUGGUGAGUAUGAUUUUAAAAAACUAGGUAUAAAUUAUUUACUAAACAUUGCAACUCAGGACUCAGCAAAGAAACAUUAACUCCAAGGCGUGUUACCCAACAUCUCCAGUCACUGGUCCUUGUUUUUGGGUGUAUAGUUCGCAAUAAAAUUCCAGGAGAAGAUUAAGUAUUUGAAAAACAACCAUUAAAAACUAAGGGUCCUUGAACAUACCUUCUGUCCUGUUUUUUAAACUAUUCACCACCUGAGACUUUCGGGCUACACGAGAAUAGUGUUUGUUCCAAUUAGCGAAAUCGGGAUACAUGUCAAUGAAAAGCCUCAAUAGAUUUCUAUGACAAAAAUAUUAGUAUGACUGUUCGUCUAAGUGUUUCAACGUAUUUCUAAAGUAAGAGGCUUUGUAGAAAUGAAAUUUUCCUGAUUUUCUCGUUGUGUUAUUUUUUAAAAAUUUAAAAUGUUUAUUUUCCGACCUUUUUUUAAAAAAUACCAAUAGGGAAGAUGAUGAAACACACGAAGAAGUAAUUCAAGCUAAAAAACUUGCACGAAAACGCGAACAUUCAAAAGGUACUUGUAAAUUAUCUAAUUAUUUCAAUAAUGCUCAGUCGAGAUCGUCCACACCUGAUGCGUUACAGAGACAACCAUUUUUUGUACGAACUGGUCUUGUGCAUGUUCAGACUAUCACAUAAAUUUUAUGAGAUAUAUUAUGUAUAAUUUUCUUUGUAUCGAUGUUUCAUCAUAUUUCUCUAAUAAAAUCGAUCUCUGAUAACCAGUUACAUUUCUUCUGUGCGAUUUAUGUCACUGAUCUGAAAAAAGAGGUAAAAUAUCAAAUUUUAAAUAUGACAUGAGAAUGUUUACUGUUCACCAGAUAAUCUCAUAAUUCCCCCGCAAUUGUAAUCCAAAUGUAACGUCAAGCAUAUAUUUUUUGUUGUGAUGGAGAUUUUUUUACUGUGAUAGUGAGUUUUUCUCAAACUAAGGUGAGCAGGUGUUUAUAAGAUGGGCAAACACAAAUUCGACUUCACUUCACUUCAAGGAGAUUGUACCUAGUAGAACAUUUAGUCAAAAAAACUAUGCCAAACUGACUCAAUCGGUUUUGUUUCAUUCAAAAGAAUCAUUUAUUGUAAUGUUAAGGAUUUCACUAAAUAGAACGUGGGGAUUAUGUUUACAUUGAUACAUGAUCUAACACGUGAAUAAUGUUUAUUAGUAAGAUCGAUACUACUACACCUUCAUGUUAUUCGUCCUAUUUCUUACAAACGCUGACGUGGACCUGUUCAACAUGAACAAAAUACAACUGAAAUAUUGCACUGUUGUCUUUCUAUAGCUAUGGUCAGGCCGUCUGAACAAACCGUCUCUUCAGCUUAUAAGUAUAUCCACGUGAUCAUUUUAUGGAUAGGAUGGUAUUUCAUUUGUCAUGCUUACGCAAAGUUCAAUACAAAUGAGGAUCGUCAGAAGAUUCAUUUAAUAGAGUCAACCAUGCUACAGAAGAUGAAGUGGAGCUAUCAGAUGAAAUAUUGUUAAGAAAUAGCUACUCAUUAAAAUUCACAGACUAAUGAAGUGACCAUGAUAUGUUGAGGCUUAUUAGUUAUUUAUAACGAAUCAUUAAUAUUCACAUCUUAGCAUUCAGAGCAGGGUGU